AUGAAUGCCCCAAUCACCGUCGUUUUAAAGGGCGUCAGGCCAACUUGCGAGAGCAACGAGGAGAAUCCAGAGUUUGAGAGGUUUUACAGGGUUCUCAAGCUCUUGAUGGACUCCCCUCUGAAUAAGUCCAAGAAACUAUGUGUCUACAUACACACAACUAGGAAUGUCCUUAUAGAACUGAGCUAUCUCCUCGAGGUUCCCGAAAAUCCCAUUGAACUCAGUGAUGUUAUGUCUUACCUAUUGAAAAGACUGGUUGUUAAAUCAUCCGACGGAACUGUUUUAGCAAAGGUAAUAAAGAAUCCAAUCAACAAUCACUUGCCUCCGAAUUCCACAAAGAUCAGGCUUUCUCCAAGAGGAUCUAGGGUGUCCCUAAAGGAUUUGGAAUCACACAUUGAAAGGGGACUUGCUUUCUUCGUCGGUGUUGGAGCAGAUGAAAAGAAGGAAGGAGAGUUCGAUAUGAAACUGUCGAACUUCAAGCUUUCCCCCGAAAACUGUUGUGCUAAGCUAACAAGCAUUCUUGAAGAAAUGCUAGGGAUUUUUUGA